AUGAUUGCCUCCUCAGGUAGGCGGCGAAACGUCUUCGUUGCCGCAUUAAUUGCCUUAUUCUUUGCUAUAGCCUUCUACUACAACUCGUAUCCUGAUCCUGAGGGACUCAUUGCUAUGUUACCUCACGGUUCUAAACUCUUAAAUGCAACACUACCGGCAUCUCUAAUAGCGCCGUCUUCAAACUCCUCGAAAGCCAAUCAAGAUUCUGCCCCGGAUUCUGCUCCAGAGCCAAAGACGUCGAGGCUGCACUAUCUCAUCCCGGCCAGCCAGCCGAAUCUACAUUUCUGCUACAACUUAGUUUCCUCGGCCGUCAACCGCUAUCCAGUCCCUACUCUGCUUGGCUGGCAUGGAGUUGACGAAUUCGAUGCCGCAAAGACUCACCUUGCCAAGCUGCGAACUAUGGAGCGAUAUUUCAACUCGCUGCCUCCCGAUGAGGACGACGAUUUAGCAAUCAUCGUGGAUGGCUAUGAUAUUCUCAUUCAACUACCCCCCGAGAUCAUGGUCGAGAGGUACUUUCAAGUUGCCGAGCGUGCUGAUGCCCACCUGGCGCAGCGCUUUGAUAUCAGUGUUGGCGAGCUCCACAGGCGUGGCCUUCGCCAGACCGUCUUCCUGGGGCCUGACAAGAUCUGCUGGCCUAUUGAUCCCGUAGCGCCUCGAUGCUGGAGUGCCCCCGAAUCACCCAUAGCACCAACUGCCUGGGGUCUGGACAAGGGAGACAAUGCCAUGUUCUACGCCGACCCGCGGUGGCUGAAUUCAGGGACAAUCAUGGGGCCCAUUGGCGACCUAAGGAGAUAUAUUGCCGCUACAAUGGACGAGAUCAGGGCCACGCAUGAUCCUUUGUACGAGUUCAGGGAAUCGGACCAAUACUACAUGGCCAAUGUUUGGGGUCGACAGGAAUAUUGGCGCUCGAGGGUGAUGGGCAGCGACAUCCCUGAAUUUCCACCUGACAAGAUCAUUCCGGCUAAGACCAAUCCUUUCCAGACGACCGAGUACCAUGUUGCCAUUGAGUACGAGUCUGCGCUGUUCCAAACCAGGGCUGGAUAUCAGCCAUAUUUUGGAUAUAUGCAAUUCAACGAAUCUGGCUUGACAGCCAAGCUUACCGCUGAUGUCCGCGAAGAGGGACCUUUCUUUCAGCCUCCCACCAUCAAGAUGCCCAAGAGCAUCGUUGCGUCGCUAAGCAAGCUAUACGACGCCAUCCCAGAAGCUCACCCGGGGUCUACAUCGGCAGACUGGCUUAGCGUUGUCGAAUUGGGCGUCAACUUCAUCACCCAUCAUAUUUACGGCCUUUGGCAUUGCACUGGCCCCAAGGAAUUCGUCGAGUUUGAGUAUCCCACGCUGUGGUUCUAUCCAUAUGUCAAAUCUUUACUCAAAGCCGCCGUGAGGGCCUCACAGGCCGGCGAACCACUGACGCAUAAACUCAUUGAUGGCCGGAAGUGGGUUCCGAAGAAGUACUAUCCAGCUGGCGAUACCCCUGAUGAUGAAUUCGGCGGCGCCUGGACAGACUUGGAUGGUGAGUUUGUUGCGUGGAGAGACCUCUGCCAACCUCAUAACGAUUUGCUUUUUGAAGGGGAAGAGAAUAGGCCGACUCUGGGAGCCGGUGGACUAGUUUGA